CUUCCAGGUUCGAGAAGUCUAUAGCAUGGCAACGAGGUCAGAUUUUGCGCAGAAGCUGCUGAACGAUCUCCGGAUGCGGAAAGAACGGAUGGCUGCAUCUCAGGGCUCGAGCCAUUCGUCCCGGAUGGCUGGAGAGGCGCAUGGAAAGAUGUCACCAAAUUACAAAGGCUCCCGACAAAUGAAGGCAUCACAAUCAGCUAGUUCCACUUCCAGACCAGCAAGCUCACAGAGAAGGUCGAGCAAUAGCACCAGAUCCCCUAACCUUGAAGAAACUUCAAAUCAGCUUGUUCCUUACGGAGGAGGCCGAAAUACACGACAAACGGGAAAUUUAUCCAUGGCCCUUGCUAUUGCUUUUGAACAUGGAGCCAAACUCACUAAAUUGGACUCCUCCGGCAGAAAUAGUUCAAUGCUGAGUUUCCUGCUCGGGAAGUCUGAAAGAAGCAGCAGCUUCCGGAUGAGUGGAUCUUCAAGCCAGUUUUUCCCCACCUUCUCCCAAGCCCACAUAAAUGAGAUAUCGAAAGGGGCACAGAAAUUGAACCAAAUCCUAACAGCUUGCUCCAAUGGCCUCAGCUUUGAUGGGUAUUCAAUAGAAAUUGGAAAGGAACUGCUGAAAGGUGCCAUGGAUUUAGAAGAGUCAUUGAGAAUGCUUGUGAACCUUCAGGAAGCUGAGGAGUACAUGAUUCCCCCUCAGAGAAAGAACCGAAUAAGAUUGCUGGAGGAGGGUGAAGAGGAUGAAGAAAGCACAGUCAAAAUAUCUGAACAGAAGCAAGUUGCUAGGCCAAGGUUCUCCUUCGAUAAGCCCUCAAGGAAGGUUACAAAUACAUCCUCAAGUGAGGCUCCAAGUCUUUCCAGAAAACAAGCUGUGAGUAACUUAAUGUUGGUGCCUCACAAGAGGUCAGCUAGUUGUGGCCCUGAUUUCAGACCACUUGCGGCAUUCUCAGAACUGAAGGAUCACACAACACCAUCACAGGCAAAAACAGAUAAAGGCAAAAUUCCGAAUGUGAUUGCUAAACUUAUGGGACUUGAAGAACUACCACAAGUUGCAGAUUCAAAGAGCACAGCGAAAGUAUCAAGCUCAAAGCAGAAAGAAGAGAUGGUUUCAAAGAAGAUCCCACACACAAGUACCAAAAAUGCUGUUCCACAUCUGUCUAUAGAGAAAAAAUUAGUACAAUCCAAAUAUACAGGAGCAGCUAAAUCACCAAGUUCAAUUUCAGAGUCUCGGGAUAUCCAAGUGGCUCGAAAUGCCAUCUCUGAAUCAGUGGUUCCAAAUGGAACACUGCUCUGGAAGGACCAGCAAAGCAACAUAGGCCAGUUGUACAAAUUUAUGGGAAGCCAAAACGAAUUUCAGGAGGCGAGAAGAGAGGAUAAUUCAAUGCACAGACGACAAACAACUAUGAAAGGGGAAGAAACCAAGCAACCGGUCCAAAAGGAUGAUGUCCAGAAACAUAAAACUUUGGAAGCUGUGAAUAAAAUCAGAGGUAAGGAAAGCAGUCUUCAAGAAGAAAAAAGAAACGGAAACAGAAUUCCUCCAAGCAAUCCAAAAAAGCCCCAGUAUGAUCAUGGAAUGCAUCAACAGCAAACCCAACCAACAUCUGAGCUUCAAGAAGAUAAGAAUCAAGCAGAAAAUAAAGAGCAGCAACAUGCAAAACAAAAGGUCAAGUUCAUAAAACAGAAAGGAAUUGAUGCAGAACCCAAGGAUCCAUCACAAUCAAUGCAUGAUGCUAUUGGUUUGCAAAUGAAGCAGCACUAUGGAAACCAAGAAAUACAUAAUAAAAGAAGUUCUACAGAAGUUAAGGGUGAACGGCCAUUGAAAUGGCUGCCAAAAAGCAAAAACCAGGAAGAACUUAGUGCAUAUGGAAGUUUAACUAAGUUGAAGAUCCAUACGAGGAAUUCAAAGAAUGGAAACUCCGAUCAAAAUGCAUAUCCACGAGAAUUAGGAUCUGAAAAAGACAAUGCAAAAGGAAGCAUUCCAUCUAUUGCAAAAGAGAAACCUGACCACUUCCCAACCAUGCGAAAAAAGGACAAUCAUAUGAAAGUGCAUAAAAGUGAGAGCCCCCGAAAUAUAGAUGUACUGACAAGAAGGAAUGGAACUCUCCGUAACUCAAGGCCACUCAAGCAUCAGAUUCCGAUAUUGCAUGGAAUGAAGCAGAAGAGGCUUGAAAAGACCAGCAGUUCAAAAGGAACAGAACAGGUGAGUAGCAGCUUCUCCAAAGAAGCAACAGCACAGAACCUCCGUCCCAGGGAAUCAGAAGCAAGUAUUGAAUUGCAGAAUGUGGCACUACCACAGAAUAAAGAAGGCGAACAGGCUCCAAAUUUGUACAGUUCUGAGGCAGAUGAGCUCCACAUGCAAAGCAUAACACAGUUCCCUAUUCCAAAUGAAACUUGCCAAAGCAAACUCUCAGCACUAUCUGCAGUACCUAUUGAUAGCCAAUACCAAGCACCUGUUUUCAUCGAGGGUCAUGAACAGAAGUCUCUGGAAACUGCAUCAAGUCCACUUAUGGGAGUUGAUGGAGGAAACACCGAAAUCACUUGCCUUCCACUGCAUGAACAGAAGGAUAUUCCGGCACCACGACCACAAGAGAACCUGACGGAAAACGAAAUAAAUCUCAAGAAGAUAUUGAUCAAAAGUCAAAUUUUCCUGAACACGGCAGAGGUACUGUUCAAACUGAACAUACCCUUUGACGUCCUUCCUGUCACUGAAUAUGGCCAUCAAGAUGAAGACAGCAACCUUGUAUUAGACUGUGGGUUCGAAAUAAUGAAAAGAAAAGGACGAAGACAGGAGCUCACUGUUCAUUCCCACCUCAACAUAUCAAUCAUCUCCAUGAAGGUAACAUCUCUGGAUGACUUGGUGAAGCAAAUAUAUAAGGACUUGGGAAAGUUGAAAUUCAACGACUUGAACGGGUGUGAUGGAUAUAAGGAAGCAGAGCACCUGCGAAAAAUGCUCACGAGAGACGUUCAAAAUAGAGAUGCAGAUGUGAACGGUAUGUGGGACUUGGGUUGGCACGAGAUGAUGUUUGCGAUUCUUGAGAAAGAUGAGCUCGUAAGGGAUGUGGAGAAGUAUUUACUCAACGGAGUGAUAGAUGAGGUCAUGACAGAUCUGCUUGAUCUGAGUGUUGUUUUAUUUGACUGAAGAAUAACAAGCAACGACAACAACAACAAUAAUACGCAGUGUUUGUAAUUUGAGCGACACUCGUUUGAUAACUUCCAUACAUGUAAAGCAAAAUUCAAAUAGCUCGCGGUUUCGCAAUAUGAAAUCAAAAGUUAAUAGUUAUGUUUCGCAA